UAAUUCUUCCGAUUUCAUACUCCUGCUUCAGAACUCACGUUCACUUCAGUACGAUUGACACGGUGUAGAGUUCGUAUUCUCCGAACAUGUAUCCGCUGAUUUUCUUGUCGUUAUUCGAUGUUUCGGUCGGCUAUGUGUUCACCGGCGAUUUACAGGAAUGCAUCAAUUCGCACAGGAUAAUUGGCGGGGCUUGCGCGUCGAUCACCGAUCGACCGUUUCAGGCGGUACUCCUAAUUCGAGAUGAUCCCAAAUGCGGUGCGUCGGUUAUUUCCAAACGGUGGAUUCUGACGGCGGGACAUUGCGUCCGGGGGGUUUCCAAACAGCAACUAAAGGUUGGAGUCGGAUCAUCGAAAGUCAAGGGAAUCGAUAUGCGGUAUUACGAAGUCGAGAAGAUCAUCCUUCACGAAAAUUAUUUCAUCAACAGUUCCGUAGUGGAGAACGAUAUAGCGCUUCUGAGAACCUCAGAUCCCAUAAAAUUCGACGAAACGGUGAAGCCGAUAAUUUUGAAACGUACUCCGCCAAAGGUAGGUGACAUGACCACUGUAUCGGGAUUCGGAGUAACGUCCGCGUCGCUGGACAUGUACACCGAAACAUCGGAAUAUCUGAUGCACGUUGAUGGAACGGUGGUCGAAAUGGAUUUGUGUAAAUCGAUAAUGCGAAAAGCUGAACCGACCAUCAGAAUAUCACCCGGUAGUUUUUGCGCAGGAAAUUUGAAAGGGGGAAAAGACUCGUGUCAAGGAGACAGCGGUGGACCGAUAACCAUUGGUAACGCUCUGGCCGGUGUUGUGUCUUGGGGUCUCGGAUGCGCCGAAAAAAUGAUGCCCGCUUUUUACACGGACGUGUCUUAUUACCACGAUUGGAUUUCUAAAAAUAUGCUCGACCACUGUAAGCUUUCAGUACCGGUGCCAGUUGUGUUCCGUGCGUAUACGAAUAUAUACCGCUCAACGGCGAGGAUGCUGUUCUUGCUGCCUCUUAUUUUUACCCUUCACUGCAGCCUUGAGACCUCGGCCCGAUCACCGGAGUCGAGAAUCGUCGGCGGACAUCCGAUUUCCAUAACCGAACGUCCCUUUCAAGUAUUGGUACUCCAAGCCGCGGCUAAAAAUAAAGUCUUCAAAUGCGGCGGUUCCAUAAUCAAUCACCGAUGGAUAUUAACGGCGGCCCACUGCACCGUAGGGGCAAGUCCCAAGGGAAUUAUCGUUAGAGCCGGAACGGACAAUCUCACGGACACCGACAGCUACGAACAGUACGAACUAGCGGUAGUCGCAACCCACGAGAAUUUCACAGCGGCUCCGAAUCUCUCGAACGACAUCGCGCUCCUGAUGACCACCAAGAACAUCGAAUUCGGUCCGACCGUAGGCUCGAUUAAAGUGAGGUCAGUUCCGCCGCCGGCAUCGACCGAAGCGGUAGUUUCAGGAUUCGGUGUCACCCAAGAGGGCGGCCUCGAAGGGAGCAAUCUUUUGAUGGCGGUCUCGGUAGAGACUUUGGAUCAAGAAGCCUGUCGAGAUCUCCUGCCGCACGGCUCUCCUCUUGAACUCGACGACUCGGUAUUCUGCGCCGCCCAUCUGGAAGGAGGUAAGGAUUCUUGCCAGGGAGACAGCGGAGGUCCUAUAACGAUAGACGACGUCUUAGUCGGCGUGGUGUCCUGGGGAAUCGGAUGCGCGAGGGAAGGUGUGCCGGCGUUCUAUACCGACGUUUCGCGAUACAUUUCCUGGAUAACCGACACUAUCAAGGCAUACGACGGUCGUUGAAAAAUCAUAGCCAUUCAGUGGAAUAACAAGCCCACGUAACGACGUGCCGAAAUGUCGGUCUGCAAAAUUAACUAUACAUGCGAUUCGAGUGAUUUUUUUUUUUUUUAAACAAUAAAUAAGUACCGAACAACAAUGAAUCCAAACUACCCACGCCGAGAUAAAUAAUGUGUGCGAUGUAAUUGUCAAAAUAAUAAUGAUAAAUACCAAUAA